AUGAAAACAGAAAAAACAACAAUAGUUGGUCAUAGAGGUUGCGGUUGUAGUCAAGUAGGAGGAACUUCAAUUUAUCCUGAAAAUUCUCUUUUUUCUUUUAAAAAAGCAGUAGAUUUAAAAAUUGAUGGAAUUGAGUUGGAUGUAUGGCUAACUAAUGAUAAUGAAGUUGUAGUUAUUCAUGGAACUAAUGAUGGAUUAAUAGGUCAUACAUUAUUGUAUGGAGAAGAAAUGAAAGGUAAAUAUAUUGAAGAAUUAACACGUAAAGAAAUUCAAAGUUUUCAUUUCAAAGAACCAUGGAUAUUAAGAAAAGGAAAAAAUUAUUAUAUUGGUAAUUCUAAUGAAUCAAUAAAGUUUUCUAUUUUAAACGAGAAUGAGAAAUUAGAAAAGAUCAGAGAUUAUGAUGAAUUUGAUAGUAUGUAUCUUAAUGUAGAAGAAAAUGAUGAAAUAGAAAAAAUUAUUAAUGAGAGUUUUUUCAAUAAUUGUUUAACGGAGAAAAAUAAUGAUGUAGAAAGCGAUGAAAAGAAAAGAGAAAAAGAAAAAAAAUUUUAUAAAGAAUUUGGAAUAGAUGAUAAUAUUGAAGAAGAGGAAUUUAUAAAAAAUAUUGAAUGUUCAUACUGUAAGUUUAUUUAUACGAAUUAUUUGAGCAAAAGAACCUUUGAGUUUAAAAGAAAACAAGUGAUAUUUAAAUUCAUAUCUAUGUUUUAUCAUGUACCAUUAUUAAAGGAUAUAUUAAAUAUAUUUAAAAACAAAUUAACUUAUGAUAUUGAAUUGAAAGGAACAAAAGAAAAUAUUGGGUUAUAUAUAUUAGAUAUUUUGGAAAAUUAUAAAGGAUUAAAGUUUAAGUUCAGCUCAUUUAAUUGGAUAUUGCAAGAUAAUCAAAUAAAAAAAAAAUUAUUUAAAAAUAAAAACAUGCAAAAAAUGGAUUAUUCUUCAUAUCCUUAUUAUAAUGUGGAAAAAAUUGAUUUAUUAAAACCACUAAGAAAUAAUAAAUUGAAUAUACCACUAGCUUUAUUAUUUACAAAUAAUGAAGUUAUGCCAAAUAUAAAUUCCAUUUUAUGCUCGAUGAAGUAUUAUAAUGCAGAAUGGGCUCAUUUUCCUUGUAGCUUAAAUAAGCAAUCAAUUAUAUUAAAUUGUAAUAGAAAAGACAAGAUUAUUUCAGUAGAUUAUCUUGUAAAAGUUUUACAUAAAAACAACAAAAAAAUCAUGAUUUAUUGGGGAGCUGAAGAUAAGGAUCAAGAUGAUGAUUUAAUGUGUUACAUAAAAUUAAACGUUGAUUCUAUUUGCCCUAAUGACAUAGCACUAGCUAAAGAAGUUAUGCAAAAGGAAAAAUACAUAAACUCAAAAAUAAACGAAGUAUCAAAUAAUAAUAUUGUGAAUGAUUUAGAUACAAAUUCUUUUUUAGAGAAAGAUGAAAAAACUCCAUUAUGCAUAUAUUAA